CUUAAAGAGAAUGAAUGGCUCCAAUGUAGUGAAAGUGGAUAUGUCAGAAGUUGGAGAUUACUUAUUUGACUACUUGGUUCAACUUGCAAAUACACCUGCUUGGUUUGCAUGUGUCUUAAAUCCUGCAAGCUUUUUAUGCCAUCUGUAAUAACUGUACUGCCUUAUCUGACCUCACCUACCUACUGUUUGCAUGGUAUGUGUAACAGUUAUCCUCCACCCUGUCCUCCACACGGGUUCUGUUGCUGUCAUGCACAGGAAGUUAGUCUUCUGCUUUUGUGCUUCUGUGGUUUCUAUCUGUGUUGAAGUGUGUGUCACACUCCCCUCUCCUUCCUCUUGCACGCAGACCUCAGCGUUAACUCUACAGAGUGUUUUCGGUAAGGUAGUAUAGAAAAUAGUGAGCGAUACUUAGGUGGGUCUUAUCAUGGAGCCAAACAGGCCCCAUUAAGGCUUGAUAUUCUCAAGAAGCAACAGGUUGAUGAGAGGACAGACAUGAGAACAAUCCACUUUCUUUUUUUAGCCAUCCUGUCUUCAGGACCAAUGCGGAUUCAGUAGACUUAAUGCUCCUCUCACUGCUGGCCCAAAGACUCUGAUUCAGGCCUGCUUGUUUUUGUCUUUUGGUGUGGUCAACUUUUGCCACCUUGUUUUGGGUUUGACUGGUUUCUUGGUAGAAAAGGUUUGUACACAGCUUUCCUCCUGGAUUACUUCUGGAGAUUAGUGAUGGGGAAUGCGGCUGCAGGGGGCUUGGAGCAGGAACCGGCUGAGGGACGAGAGGCAAGGAACUCAGUCGGUGCAGCUCCAGGCAUGAGUGACCCAGCCCAUACCUUGCAGAAGAAGCAACCGGCUCCCCCCAAACUGCCCAUGCCCUCAGAGGAGGAGCUGGAGGAGCGCUUCAAUGUGGUGCUGAGCUACAUGAACCUACCUCCAGAUAAACUGAAGCUGUUGAGUCAGUACGACAAUGAAAAGAAGUGGGAAUUAGUCUGUGAUCAGGAGCGUUUCCAGGUGAAGAGCCCCCCAUCCACUUAUCUGAAUAAGAUCAAAAGCUUAUACCAGGAUCAAGGAGGGGUGUCUCGCAGGCAUAAGAAACGGAUCCAGGAUGCCACGCAGGUCCUCAAAGAUUUGGAGAUUUCCCUCCGCACCAAUCACAUUGGAUGGGCAGAGGAGUUUCUCAGUGAUCCAAACAAAGGCUUGGAUGUUCUUGUGGAGUACCUGUCUCAUGCACAAAGUGACGCCUCGUUUGAUUCGGAGAGUGUGGAAAACGGUGGCACUCUGCCAGAAAGAGGAAAACCUGCAGAGAGGUCAAUGGAAGACUUGACAAAAAACCCCAGCAGCUCCCAGUCACAUGGGGUGACCAGAGCUGCUCGAGCACUGACUGUCAGAAUAAGCUCCACUCUUGGGAACAAGAUCCACAAGAAGUCCCAUACAUCCUACCAGAGAGAUGAUGUACAUGUGUGCAUAAUGUGCCUGCGAGCUAUCAUGAACUACCAGUCUGGUUUUAACCUAGUGAUGACUCAUCCUCGCUGUGUCAAUGAGAUCACCCUCAGUCUCAACAGCAGGAAUCCCAGGACCAAAGCUCUUGUCCUGGAGCUGCUGGCUGCUGUGUGUCUGGUCAGAGGAGGACAUGACAUCAUUCUCUCUGCUUUUGAUAAUUUCAAAGAGGUAAGCAGAGAAAAGAACCGCUUUGAGAAGCUGAUGGAGUACUUCAUUAAUGAUGACAGCAACAUUGACUUCAUGGUGGCCUGCAUGCAGUUCAUAAACAUUGUGGUCCACUCAGUGGAGAACAUGAACUUCCGUGUUCAUCUACAGUACGAGUUCACUCACCUCGGGUUAGACAAGUAUCUGGAGGGUCUGAAGGUAACAGAGAGCGAGAAGCUGCAGGUGCAGAUCCAGGCCUACCUGGACAAUGUGCUGGAUGUGGGAGCCCUGCUGGAGGACGCUGAGAACAGAGGAGGGGUGCUGGAGCAUGUGGAUGAGCUGCAGGAGCACAACUCACAGCUGAGCAUCCGGCUUCAGGAGAUUGAGAAUGGGACCGCAGAGCGAAUGUCUGAACUUGAGACUCAGCUCAUGCAGGCCACCAAGGAGACGGAGCUGCUCAAAGAAAGUCUGCGGGAGUCCUGCUCUCAGGUCAGCUCCUUGCAGCAGAGAGAGCGAGAGAAGGAGCUGGACAGGGAGCGGGAAAAGGACAGGGAGCGUGUGAUCACCACCACCCCUCAGAUGUCCUCAGAGCUGGAGCAGAAGAUCCAGGAGCUGCAGGACAAAGGGCUGAUCCGACUGGGCCGCAGCGCCUCUGGAGGUCUGGACAUCCAGGUGCUGCCUGUGACGGUGGUCGAGUACAUCCAAGUCCCGGGCUCAGCAGAACCGCCCACUCCUCCUCAAUCCGUCACUGAUUCUGCUUCUCCACCAUCCGGCCAUUCUGCCGCUCAACCUCCACCACCUCCUCCACCUCCCCCACCACCUCCUCCUGGUGGUCCUGGAGGGGCUGUCGGCUCGCCUCCUCCUCCUCCUCCUCCACCCCCACCUCCACCAGGAGCUCCCCAAGCUCCAGGAGGAGGUCCUCCACCACCGCCCCCUCCUCCUCCUUUACCUGGAGGUGGACCCCCACCUCCACCUCCCCCACCUGGUUCUGGACCCCCUCCUCCGCCUCCCCCACCUGGUGGUGGUGGACCCCCACCUCCUCCUGGAGCACCGAACACUCAGCCUGGGCUCAAGACGAAGAAGCCCAUUCAGACCAAGUUCAGGAUGCCGUUGUUAAACUGGCAGGCCUUGAAACCAAACCAGGUGACAGGCACCGUCUUCAAUGAACUGGAUGACGACCAGGUCUUAGGGGAGCUGAACAUGGAGAUGUUUGAGGAACAGUUCAAGACUCGGGCCCAGGGUACUACAAAAGAUGUGUCCACUAUCAGCAAGAAGGUGGUCCAGAAGGCUCCCAGCAAGACCACCUUAAUCGAUACCAACAAGGCCAAGAAUCUGGCCAUCACUUUACGCAAGGGAGGGAUGAAACCAUCUGGAAUCUGCACCGCCAUAGAGACGUAUGACCAGCAGUCUUUGUCUGUAGACUUCCUGGAGUUACUCGAGCACUUCAUACCAUCAGAUUUUGAGAUGAAGCUGCUGGUGAACUACGAGAAAGAUGGUCGUCCGCUCGAGGAGCUCGCCGACGAGGAUCAGUUUGUGCUACGUUUUGGAAAGAUUCCUCGCCUGAAGCAGCGCAUAAGCACUCUUACCUUCAUGGGCAACUUCCCGGAAACUGUCAAACGCCUGCAGCCGCAACUGAACUCCAUCAUUGCUGCAUCCAUGUCCAUUAAGUCUUCAGCCAAACUGAAAAAGAUUUUAGAAAUUGUUCUCGCCUUCGGCAACUACAUGAACAGCAGUAAGAGGGGUGCAGUUUAUGGUUUUCGGCUGCAGAGCCUGGAUCUGCUGUUGGAGACCAAAUCAACUGACCGCUCACAGACGUUGCUACAUUUCAUCACCAGCAUCGUCCAGGAAAAAUAUCCCGAAUUGGCCAACUUCCACACUGAGCUACACUUUGUAGACAAGCAGCCCUAGGUAUGUUAACCCAAGGAAUCAAGCUGUUCUGACAUCCGCUCAUUAGAACGAGGAAUGGAAAUGGCCAAAAAGGAAUUCCUGGUGCAGGAUGACAGCCCUGUGCUGAAGGAAUUCAAAACCAACAGUGAGCAGCUGGAGUCUUUCAUCAAAGACAGCAAGACAGCACAGGAGGCAUACUUCGCUGUGGUGGAGUAUUUCGGAGAGAACCCCAAAACCACACAGCCUUCCAUGUUUUUCCCACUGUUUGGACGCUUGAUAAAGGCCUAUAAGGCAGCACAGCAGGAGAUUGAGCUGAAAAAGAAAAUGGAGAAAGAGAGCAAAGAGACGAAGGGGCCGCUGUCUCCAAACAAGCCUGGGUCACAAAAGGGGCCGAUGAUGCCCAAGAUGCCUCAGAUGGACCUCAUAGCCGAGUUGAAGAAGAGGCAGGUGAAACCGCAGGUUCGCGAAGGGAAGGAUGGCGCCUUGGAGGACAUCAUCACAGAUUUGAGGAACACACCGUACAGGCGGACGGAUGUUCGUCGGCCCGCACAGCGCCAGGACACUUGAGCUAUUUCUGUUCCAGUUCUUUUUUACAAAACAUACUGGAAUCCUUUAAGCAUACAAAUAAAAGCACAGGUUUAAAAUGAUAUGUACAGUUUUAUAAAAAUGUAUUAUCAGCUCACAGUUUGUAUUUUUGAAAAAACAUGUAGGGUGAAUCUUCUGUGUAAAUAGAAUUUUAUGACUGAAGUAUUUGAUAUUUUACUGUAAUUAUCCAUACAUUAAAUCCAGAAUCUGUAAAAAAAUUUAACAUUGAAAUAUUUCUCAGUCACGUGAUGGCUUUGUAUGCUCUUAAUUUGUAGUAUUGCCAUUGAUGAAGUAACAAACUAAACUGUAUUUUAAAUAACACAUUUUUUAACCAA